AUGGGUACUGGAUGGGAGCUUACCAAGCAGCUAAGAGAACAGAUUUACAAAUAUGCUAAUUACCAGCAAACGUCGGUAUCACUAAGGCAAAUGGUUCAGUUUGGCCCAAACCCGUCGCCAGGAUCGAUUUUUUUGGCUUCACAGUUUAUCGUGGAAGAAUUGCCAAUAAGAUUAGCAUUAAAAGUCAAGGACUUGGAAAAUGCGCCGUUGGGAUUAUCCAAUGCCCCCUCGACAAUCAAAGUUAAGAAUUGGUACGCACAAUCAUUUGAAGAAUUGACUAGUUUACCCAAACCCAGUAUUGACGAAAAUUUGUCCAAAUUAUUAUAUUCGAAAAAUGAAGAAACCAGCAGUAAUGAACAAGUCAACCCGGCGGUCAACGAGUUGAAUAACGUUGCUUUGAAUAACGCUUUCAGUGAUGAUGGAAUUGUAGUUAGACUGCAUCAUCAUAGCUAUUUUAAUACUAAACAAGAUAACUACGAACAACACGUUGACUCUCCCACUUUUGGUAAGAAAUACUUCACUCCGUGUCCCAUCAACAUCAUCUGGCCAAAAGAAGUUUAUGACUAUAAUAAAUUGGUUUAUGAGACUUUGAGCAAAAUCAAGAAAAGACACGAUGCUACCGUUGCUACUAUGGCUCAAGGGGUGCAGGAAUGGAAGGUUGAAAAUAAAACCGUUCGGGUCAACUCAAGUGUUCAAACGUUUUUGGACCGGUUCUACAUGUCUCGAAUCGGGAUCAGAAUGUUGAUUGGCCAACACAUUGCUCUCAACAUGUCCCAGGCUUCUCCUACAAAAUCAAGAAUCAAUAAUUUCUUGAAUGGAUCGAAAAAUGUUUCAAAUUCGUUAUCAAAUUCGAAAAAUAACUACGUGGGGGUUAUUUGUACCCAAUGUAACGUUGGUGAGAUCGCGGAAGAUGCAAUUGAAACCGCUAAGUACAUUUGUGAAGAAUACUAUGGGUUAUUUGAAAGUCCUAAAAUUCAAUUAAUUGCUCCUCAUAAUCCAAUUAGCUUUAUGUACGUCCCCGGUCAUUUAAUUCAUAUGCUUUUUGAAACUUUGAAAAACUCUUUAAGAGCCACUAUUGAAUUCCAUACUCCAAGAUUGAAAAAACAGUUUAUUGAAGAAAGUAAUAAUCCAAAUUUAAAACCCGAUGACGUUGAUUUAAAUGAUUUAAACUUCCCUCCAAUAAAAGUUAUCAUCUCAGAAGGGGUAGAAGAUAUCGCAAUCAAAAUUAGCGAUGAAGGUGGUGGGAUCCCCAGAAGUGAAGUCCCCUUGAUUUGGACCUAUUUAUAUACCACCGUUGACGAAACUCCGGUUUUAGAACCAGAAUAUGAUCAAUCUAGCUUUAAAGCUCCAAUGGCCGGUUUCGGUUACGGUUUACCCAUCUCAAGAUUAUACGCCCAAUACUUUGGUGGGGACUUGAAACUUAUCUCAAUGGAAGGUUAUGGGACCGAUGUUUACCUUCAUCUAAAUAGAUUAAGUAGCUCUAGUGAACCGCUUCCCUAA